CUGUUUCCUAACGUAGUAUUUAUAGUGAAUGGAGAGGUGGAUAUGAGAGCACUGCAUAGCUAAGUCUAACACUGCAAGUGAUCCUGAGUCAUCAUCAGACUGAAUAAUGCAAUGCACCCAGAACCCGGACUUCUUCUUCAGUAUUUUACUGUUCUUCGUUGGACUAUUGUUUCUUUUCAAACAACUGACUGAGCCUGCAGGUUAUGGAAAACAUGUACAGAGAAAAGCUAUUCAGCUUGGUGUUCUUGUUCCAGCAAAGUAUGGUUGGUUUAUCCAGGAGUUACCAUCAUUUCUAGUGCCUUUAUUGGUGACACUAUACAAUCAAGGCUGUGAUACUGUGGGACGUCAGAUGCUCUUCUUCAUGUUUUGUGGACACUAUUUUCAAAGGACAUUUAUCUUUUCUUCUCUCACAAGAGGAAGUCCUCUGCCUUUGCGCAUAGUACUUUUGGCUGUGGUAUUUUGUACCUACAAUGGUUUCUUACAAAGUCACUGCAUGAUUUACGUUGCUGCAUACCCCCACGAUUGGUACAAGGACAUCAGAUUUACAUCAGGGGCUAUUGUUUUCUUCCUUGGAAUGGGUAUUAAUGUACAUAGUGACUAUAUUCUGCGCAAAUUAAGAAAACCAAGUGAAGUCACCUACAAGAUUCCACAAGGAGGAAUGUUUAACUAUGUGUCUGGGGCGAAUUUCCUGGGAGAAAUUGUAGAAUGGUUUGGUUAUGCUGUAGCAACAUGGUCUCUACCAGCAUUUGCCUUUGCUUUAUUUACCUUGUGUUCUAUUGGUCCAAGGGCUUAUCAUCAUCACAGGUUUUAUCAUCAAGAGUUUAAAGACUAUCCCAAAGAACGGAGAGCUUUGAUUCCUUUCAUUUUCUAAGCUAGUGAAUAUUUUUCUUAUGCACCGUAACAAAUCAUUUAACUGUACAUACUGUUUAUUUUACUUGUUUUUAUUAUUUUUUUAUACCAAAUGUGAAUUCCAAAAUGUCUUUUUCAUUUUAUGAUUCACAUGCAACUGUAUAUAUUUUUUAAAUAAUGAACUUUUGAUUUAUCAGAUCAUUCUCAUAAUGUAUUGCAUUUGUGUUCCAAACUCUGCCCUCUAGUGUUCAUUCAAAAGAAAGCACAAGUAGGAGAAAUGUAUUCAAAGAUAACUUGCUAUUAAUGUUCUUGAUAAUAAAGUUCCUGUAGGACUUUUCGAAUUAUGGCACACCAGAAAGGCUGUCUACUAGUUAAACUAUAAAUAACAGUAUUUGGUCUUAAACUUACAAAACUCACGUACAAUAAAAAAUGCACUUAUUUGA